GCCGCCGUUUGCCACCACAGUCCUGGUCACAGAUGAAGGAAACGGUUUCGCUUUCCUCUGCGUCACCCACUAAGCAGGUUGUAGAUCCGUGGCAAUCGUCAAGACCAAAAUUGAGUAGGAGAAAGGACAAAGCACUACAGGAGCUGCAAAGGACUUUUAGGAGGAAGAUUCAAGAACUUGAGCGGAAAGACGGAAGUGGAGGUGGAGGAGGAAAUGUCGAUAGCAAAGCUGAAGACGAGGAUAGUUCAAGCAAAAAUGCCGAACAGGAAUCUUCGGCCUUUUCUAACUUUCUUGGGUUUUUUGGGGUUUCCACGACUACAGAACAUGCUGAACAAGCUUCUCCUUCGAAAAUAGUUGAGAAAACUAGCGUGGUUGAUCCUCGACGCCUUCACAGUGCAAAGAAACUGCACAAAAAGUUCGAUCGUAAAGUCAAGCAUGAGGCACCUAGAGAUUUUAUAGCAUCGAAGAAUAACACUUCUAACAACUCCAAGUCCAACAACUCCUCAUCUUCCUCUUCAGCAUCAAGAAGUUCAAGC